CCAGGAGCGGAACUGAAAGUGCGUGCGCAGCGCAGCCCUUGCCACGGGCGCCUUUCCCCCACGCCGCCGCCCUGCUUAUCUGCAAUGGAGGAUCUGGAUGCUUUGCUGGCUGAGCUGGAGCAAAGCUCGGCCGGGCAGGAUGAGGCCCCCGCCAAGCCCCAAGCCCGCGCUGGCCUGCCGCCGCUCGCCUCGGCAGCUCCCAAGGUGCGGCCGGCGUCUCGGGUGCAGCCUGCCGGGCCGGAUGUGGGCACCGUCUACAGCAGCCCUAUGCCAGUGCCCCAGCCGCCGCAGCCCUCGCCAGCCCCCACGGCGGCCGCCCGGCACCUGGACGAGCUCCUGGCCGACCUGGGCCAGAUGCAGGGCGAGCUGCCGGCCGCGGGGCGAGGAGCUGGGGCGGCGGCGGGGGACGCCGCCUCGCUGGACGGCAUGCUGGGUGGCCUCACACGGGAGCUGCAGGAGCUCGGCAUCACGGCAGCCCCCAAGGGUGCCUGCGCCGCCUGCCGCAAGCCCAUCGCCGGCAAGGUGCUGACGGCACUGGGCAGAGCGUGGCACCCCGAGCACUUCGCCUGCGCCCGCUGCGGCCAGGAGCUGGCCGGGCGGCCCUUCUUUGAGCGGGCCGGGCAGGCGUACUGCGAGGAGGACUACCACGAGGCCUUCUCGCCCCGCUGCGCCUACUGCGCGGCGCCCAUCCGCCAGAGGGUCCUCACCGCUCUGGACCAGACCUGGCACCCGGAGCACUUCUUCUGUGCCCACUGCGGGAAGCUGUUUGGAGACGACGGUUUCCACGAGCGCAACGGGAAGCCUUACUGCCGCCUGGACUUCCUGGCCAUGUUCGCGCCCAAGUGCCAGGGCUGCGAGCGCCCUGUGACGGACGACUACCUGUCGGCCCUGCAAGGCGUCUGGCACCCCGAGUGCUUCGUGUGCGCGGAUUGCCUGGCCUGCUUCGCCAGCGGCUCCUUCUUCGAGCUGGAGGGCCGGCCCUACUGCGAGCUGCACUUCCACCAGCGCCAGGGCAGCAUGUGCCACAGCUGCGGGCGCCCCGUGGCCGGCCGCUGCAUCACCGCCGCCGGGCGCAAGUACCACCCCGAGCACUUCAUCUGCACCUACUGCCUGGGCCAGCUGCAGAAGGGCACCUUCCACGAGCGCGGUGACAAGCUGUACUGCCAGGCCUGCCACAACAAGCUCUUCCUGUGACCAGCGCAGUGGGGGGGGGGGUGGGGGGGUGUGUCCAUCCGUCCAUCCCCCAAACGCACACACGGCACCCCCUGCCCUGGCCGGCCCUGAGCCCCUGCACUGCUCCUCAGGGCCUUGCCCCACAGCCUCAGCAUCAUCCCCUCAGCCAGGCAUCUCCGGCAUCGUCUCCCCGUCGCCAUGGGACGCCCCUCUUGUUUUCCAGCCUGACGUCGUCCCUGUCCUGUCCCCUUUCCUCCCCGCUGUCAGCAAAGGAAUAAACAGCCCGGCUCUA